CAACACUGAUGAAACAUUUCCCACAAUGGACUCCGUCAUGGACUGGCACAACCUGGAGCACUUUUUUGAAAAGUAUAUCUUAACUGACACAAAACAAGAGGAGAUUAAAGAUGUAAUCAAAGAACUCAUGAUCUGCUUGGAACAGAACAACACAGCUGAACAUAAUAAUAGGACUUUGGAUGUCUUGCCAAGCAACAGCACCUUUUCUAUUCCCCCUUCAGUUCCAGAAAAACUCGUGGACCUCACAUUUAAACCACAGAUAAAUAACGUCUUGUCUACAGCAAAGCUCGGCUGUAAGUUGGACCUAGACUUUAUAGUCAGAAACACUUGGAACUGUGAGUACAACCCAAAGACUUUUCCAGCAAUCACCAUAAGAAUCCGUAAGCCAAGAUCGACAGCAAGACUGUUUAGAAACGGGACACUUGUUUGUGCAGGAGCCACGAGCACUGACGAGUCUCACCGAGCAGCCAGGAAGUUUGCCCGAAUCGUGCAAAAGCUCAACUUCCCGGUCCGCCUUCUGAACUUUCAAAUCAAGAACAUUGUGAGCUGUGGCAAAUUCUUCCCAGUUCACUUAGCAGAUGUUCGACAGGCAUAUAGUAAAAAGUGCAGCUACCAUCCGGAGCUGUUCCCAAGUCUCUUUUUCCGGGGGCUUCCUGGAGUCACUGCCACCGUCUCUCCAAGUGGCAGUAUAAUCCUAAAUGCUUAGUAUUAGGAGAAGAGUCCAGGUGAAAGCUGAGCAGAUGCAGGCCCUGCUGACCGCUGGGCUGGAGCAUCCUCCUCGCUCCUCUCAGGGGGAUGACCUCCUGACCUCUCCCCCCCCCCCCUGCACGUUUUUACCUCAUGUCGAUGGUUUUCCAGUUCCACCUCGUUUUUUCAGCCCAUGUGUUUGUUUCCUGCUCAGUCUCCACUCUUCUCCGUCAAGCUUGUUGGAGAUUUAAACCCUUUCAUUAAAUUAUUUGUGACCUGCA